AUGACUAAUUUCUUGACGAAGUCGAUUAGCGUUAGUCGCGCUGUUUCCUUGGUUUCUCAUGGAAUCAAACCUUUCGUCGCAACGCGUGGCCUUGCAACGGUUAAAGAUCAGUCGUUCACUCUCAACAAAAAGCCACCUCCACCAAUAGCACCCUAUGCUCCCGUUUCAUUAAAACCAACACCCGCAACCCUCAAACUCAAAUCUGGUGAAGUUUAUACUGGCACCUCUUUUGGAGCAAAUGUCCAUACUUCUGGUGAAGCGGUUUUCACAACAUCUCUCGUCGGAUAUCCAGAGUCGAUGACUGACCCUUCAUAUCGCGGUCAAGUUCUUGUUUUCACCCAACCACUCGUUGGGAAUUAUGGUGUGCCUGGCAUCUUUAAAGAUGAAUAUGGCCUCCUCAAAUUCUUCGAGUCAGAUAGAAUCCAUUGUGAAGGAAUUGUUGUCAGCGACUACGCAUCUCGUUAUUCGCACUGGACUGCUGUUGAGUCGUUGGGUGAAUGGUGCACCCGUUUUGGAGUUCCCGCAAUCUCAGGCGUUGACACUCGGGCAAUUGUUCAUAUUCUGAGGGAUCAGGGUUCAACACUCUCCAAAUUGUAUAUCGGAGAAGACCCCGACUUCUCCAAAAUUCCUUAUUCCGACCCAAAUGAACGAAACCUCGUUUCAGAAGUUAGCACGGCAGUUCCCCGUGGUGCUGCGGUGACUGUUCUCCCUUGGAAUUUCAAUUUCAACAAGGUUUCGGAUCAAUUCGACGGCAUCUUCAUCAGCAACGGUCCUGGAAAUCCAACAAAAGUUGUCGAAACGGUUCAAAAUGUUCGUCACGCCUUGGCAACCUACAAACGACCAAUUUUCGGAAUCUGCAUGGGAAACCUUGUUUUGGGUCUUGCAGCUGGUUUAGAUGUUUAUAAACUCCGCUUCGGAAACAGAGGUCACAAUGUCCCCGCUUUGAACGUGCUCGACGGAAAAUGUCAAAUCACUUCCCAAAAUCAUGGUUAUGCAUUGCAAGACAACGUGAUGCCAAACGGAUGGACAAAAUAUUAUGUGAAUGCAAACGACGGCUCAAACGAAGGAAUUCGCCACACGACUCUCCCAUUUAAGAGUGUUCAAUUCCAUCCUGAAGCAAAAGGAGGACCUCAGGAUACAGAAUUUUUGUUUGACGAAUUUCUUUCGAAGGUUCGCACUGACAAAAUUCAACGCGAAGGGAUCAAAACCUUUGUUCCAGAAACUUUCAUUUCACAACCGCAAGUUGUUUGA